AUGAAUAAAAAUAUUUGUAGUAGAAUAAUUUGGCAAAAUUCAUAUGCUGAUCCUCCAAAUAUUGGGAUUAAUAUCAGAAUACAAUGUACAAAAGUUUUAGAAUUUCAUAAUAAUGCAAAUAUAGAGGUAGUAUUUGAUAUUAAUGUAAAUAGUAUAAAUUCUGCAUCUUCAGAAUUAUUUACAUAUAUUAGUGUAAGCAAUAAUGAGGAUUUUAUUUUAUUAAGAUCUUCAGUAUGUUGUAUUUUAGCUAAAAUCCCAUGGGAAAAAUCAAUUAACAAAAGGAAAACAAAGAAUAAAAUCUUAAACAAUAGAUUAAUAUCGGGAAAUACUAGAGAUAAUUUAAUAUAUAAUAAAUCAAGUCAUUCAUAUGGAUUAUUUGAGGUUGAUAAUGAUGACUUUAAUUUUUAUAGUGGAUUUUCUAGAUAUGAAGAUGAUCAAAAUAUAUUAAAUGUUGAAUAUAUAUUUGUAAUGAAUAUUGAUAAUAUUUUUCUGGAAUAUUAUAAUAAGAAUUCAAAUUUUAAAAUUGUUUCAUCUGAAUGGUAUGCAAUUGAUGAUAAUGCUAUUAUAAUACUUACUAGUGAAUCUAUAAAUAAUAUAAAUUACUCAUCUUCACAAAAUAUUGAUAAUUAUAUAGGUAGAUUACAUAUUCUUGAUAUUUCAAAUAUAGUUGAUAAUGUAUCUGAAGAGGAUAAUAAAGAUAUAAUAUCUAAGGGUAUUACUGAAACAAGAGUAAUAACAAUUCCAAAUAGUAAUAGCGAAUUUGUAGAUUUUUGUUUUGGCACUGGUCCUGAUUUAUGGAAUAUGAUAUCUAUAUUUAUUUUAUGUAGUAAUGGUACAAUCUGGUAUAUAUGUCCAGUUAUAUCCAAUAAUUUAGUAUUACCUUCAUUUACAUAUCAAACACUAUAUUCAACAUUACUAGAGCAAGAUUUUUUGGCUGAAGCACCAGAUAAUACAAAAUUAAGUAAUGGAUAUAAUUUAAAGUUACAACGUUUAAUAAAUAUUUUGACAAUGAAUUUAAGAGAUUUAACAAAUAAUGAUUUAAAUACAGAAAAUAAGAUAGAUAAUAUAAGAAUAAAAAUACCAUAUGAUCUGACAAUACCAACACCAAUACCUGUUAAACUUGGUAUUUCUUAUGGAAAUUUUGAAAAUGACUUUAAUAAUAAAUUAAUAAAUAUAAAGAAUUCAUGUAUAAAGAUAUCAUGUAUAACAAAUUUUCCAUUAUUAGUAUUAUUAAUUAUUAGUUCAAAUAAUAAUAUUGGGAUUUUUAGUGGAGGAUUUUAUUCAUUUCCAUAUUAUAAUUCUGAAGAUAAAGGAGAAAUUGUAGAUUUAGAGAAUGAAUAUUUAACAUGUAUUCAAAAAAUAAGUAUACCUUCAAAUAAUAAUAAAAUAAAUAUAAACAAUGGUAUUAAUAAUUUAUAUUGUAUAUAUAAAUAUGAAUCAAUUAUUAAGAAUAUGAAAGAUAUUAAAUAUACAAUUUGUAUAGGUGUUAAUAACUCUAUGUAUGUUAUUAAUUUAAGUUGGUUAGAAUAUUUAACAUCAUCCUGUAUAAAAAGUGGAAUACAUGAUAAAAUUGAUGAUAUUUUGAGAUUUUUAUCAGAAUAUCCAAUAUUAGAAUCAAAUUGUAUUAUAAAUGGAGAUGAUACUAAUUUAAUAUUAGAAGGAAAUAACUUUAAUACAUGUAAUAUUGUAUUUAAUUUACUAGAAAAUGAUAAAUGUAAAAUUUUUUUAUUAGCCCCAAUAUUACAGUUAAAUAAUGAAGAUAAAUCAAUCAAUAAUAAUAAUGAAAUAAUAAAUAAUAUAGAUCACUUUUAUGAUAUAAACGAAUAUAUGAUUAAAGUCAAUAAUAUUAAGAUACCUCAUAAUGAUAAUUUAAAUGAUUCUAAAUCAUUGGAUAUAAUAGAUUUUUUAAAGGUUGAUUCAGAAUAUAUGAAUAAUUUAGAUGUUAAUUUUCCAUCAGAGGGGAUUAUUAAGCAAUUUUUUAAAGAUUUUCAUAAUCAAUUACAGAAAGAAAUUCAAAUGCCAUCAUAUCAAGGCUCAUAUUAUAUUGAAGGUAUUAAACUUUUAUCAAAGUUAAAUAAGGACUUUUUAUUAAGAAUAGAUAUUUGUGAAGAACCAAUAAAUAAUAUUAUCAAGACUAUUAAACCAAGAAUUUCAUUAAUUAAUUCACUAUAUAAUAAUAUUAAAGAUACUAACACUGAAAUAUUAGAGAGAGAAAAUAAAAUUAAUAUGAAAAUUAAGGAUAUUUUAGAAAAUGGUGAUAAAUUAAGCAAAUAUAUACAAAAAAUUAAAAAUCUACUUAUUUGUGAAUUAGAUAAUGCUAGAAUCCAAUAUCAUCAAGAAAUUACUAUUCCUCAAUUACUUAUUCUUUUAUCUAAAGCCCAAUUAAAAUUAUCUAAUGCUUUAUUAUCUUCAAUAGAUGACAAUAACUAUUUAAACACUAAUAUUAUAAAUCUCUUUGAAUAUUAUUCUAAGAGAAAUGAAAAUCUAAUGAUAAAUUUUGAGGAUUUACAAAAUAAAAUUCUUCAAAUUAAUAAAUUAAUAUCAAAAGAUUAUCAAGCAUAA